AUGCCAAGAGAAAAGUUUGAAAAAUCAGUUUGGAGUCAUAUCAACAACCAGUACAAUGGAAUCAAAGUUGCAAAUAGAAUCUACCUCCCACCAUACAAUCAAUUGUAUCUUGAUGCACCACCAUGGUUUGUCAAGACAAUUGAACACGUUACAAUUGAUCAUUUAAACAAAACCAGUGUCAACCUCGUUAAACUUUCAAAACUUGCCAAUCUUAAAUCUCUUGUUUAUUUGGGAAACCAAAACCCUGAAUUCGGUGCACUGACGAGUCUCACCUCGAUCGACUCUCAAUUCCAUAGAUAUUCUAUUGAAGAUUUGGUCCCCUCUUUGAAUCGACCAAUGACCAAGUUACUCUUUCAUGAUCCAUCAGUCAUAUUAAAAGCAAAAGAUAUUGUACUAGAGUCAUUACAAGUUAUCAAAUUGGAUGUCAAAUUAUACAAUUCAUUAUUUCAAAACAACGGUAAUCACGCUAGUCAAGUACAAGUUCAGCCACCAAGAACGAACCUACCCAAUCUAAGACAUGUACACAUUGAAUUUGAAAAUGGUAAAGAGAUUUCAAGCAUUAUUCUGCCAGAUAGAAUAACUACAGUGACAACCACAAAAUAUUCAAAUGGUGAUGCUGAUAUGAUUGAUUUUGCAACACUUGCAACGAUUUGUAAUCAACUCAAUCAACAAUCCAAACUUUCAAGAAUAGUUGUUUAUUCUAAAAGAAAUUUGACAGAUGUCCAACACCAACAACUCUUACAAUCAAACAUAUACUUUAAUUCAUCAAAGGAUAUGUGUCUUGGACAAGACGAUAGAAAUUAUAUAUUCUAUAGAAAUGAUCAACAUAAUAAUCAAAUCAUUAAUAAUAUAAAUAGUAAUAAUAAUAGUAAUAUCAUUAAUAAUAAUAAUAAUAACAUUCCACUCCUACUACCAAACAUUAUUAUUUACAAAAUCAUCAAAUUAUUAUGGAAUAGUAUGAAUAGAUGUAAUUGUGAUAGUACAAUAAUUAGAUGGUAUCAUAAUUCAAAUGGAAAGAAAGAUCUUAGUAAUCGAGACAUUAUACUUUUAAAAUCAAAUCAAGAUUUUGAAAGCAUUCAAUCAAAUUGUCCUCAUCAUUGUUGGUUUGAUAGAUCUUCUCUAUUCAUCCCACUUGAUAGACACCAUCAAAAGUAUCUACAGGUUGAGACUAUCAAAGUUUUCAACCGUCUCCAAGACAACUCGAUCAUUUAUAUUUAA